AUGGGAACCACUUCAGGACCACAGUUCCUAUCAGAGGAUGGGUUACCGUACGGUAUGCCAAGUGGAGCAAGCCCCGCGCUGCACCCUAGCACUCCCUUCGGUAAUCCCCCUGUGCUUCAGACCACGGUCGAAACGGAGCUUCUAGCUCAGAUGACCUCCCUUCGGAGGAAGAUGGCUAAACUCCAAGAACGUAAUAAUCUCCUUUCGUCCAAAGUAGACGAAACCCAACGACCACCGAAUCUUCCCAGAGUCAGCAGACACGUACCGAAGAAGGUGUACACCGAUUGUCGUCAUCGGAUCAACGACAAGAAGGAUGCCGAACGGCAUAGGUCCCCAAUCGGAGUAAACGCCCGCCUGAGGGACUCCCGGAUGAGGGUCUUAGGAGAUAAAUCGCCCAUUCGGAGGGUUCAGGGUUUGGAUUCGGCGCUGGAAUCUGAUGAUGAGUACAUCCCCACCGGGGGCACCGAAUCAAGCUACCGUUCGGAAGCUCCCCCGGAGUACUCAAAGGCGAGACCACCAAGUCCGAGGAGAACUAACGAAGACUUUAGUGCCGAGGACGUCCCAAGCCCAGACCCCGCUAUCCGCCUACUUUUCCAGAGAAUCCAGAAGAUGGAGGAUGACCGAACCCGGUCCCAGGUCCCUGAUUGGGGGAAAACUUCGGCCAGGACCAUUUACCGAGCGCAUCAAGAAGUCCAGACCGGACAGGGAGGUGCAGCCGUUGCGCAUACCCUUUUAUACCGGUGUGGAGGACCCUUCGACGCACCUUCACUCCUUCCAAUCGGCAGUCGGGUGCAAGGGCCUCAGCGACGAGGGGCAAUGUCUGCUGUUUCCAUCGUCCCUUACAGAAGCUGCUCUGAACUGGUUCUACCGUCUCAAGCCGGGAACGGUAGACUCCUUUGA